ACCGCGGUCUUGCAUAUCCGGGGUCCAUGCCCCGGUGGUGUCUUCAUCCCGACGGGCGGGCGGGGUAAUUCUUCAGGCCGGUUGGCAGUCACAUCUAGAUCAGAGCCACCUUGAGGAGCCAGAGCCAGUGGCCAUCUUUGGUGGCUGACACGAGGAAGACUUAGGGACCUGGGAGCACUCAGGAGAGCCUUUCCCUGAGACAUGGAGAUUGGGGGCCGAAUGCUCUGGGCCCUCCUGUCUGGCCUGGGGAGGAGGGGAGGCACCAGGGACUGGGCCUUCAGCUCAUGGCAACCCUGUCUGCCCCUGGCUGGGUUGUUGAGUGCCACAGAGCUGGUCAGCCACUGGACUGCAGUCUUUGAGAAGAGGGGCAUUCCUGAGGCCCAGGCAUCCAGUGAGUACAUCGUUGCUCAUGUCCUUGGAGCCAAAACAUUUCAGAGCCUGAGGCCAGUACUUCGGACCCAGCCCCUGACCCCUUGGCAGCUACAGCAUGUCCAGAAGCUGAGUAGCUGUCGAUUGCAAAGGAUGCCUGUGCAGUACAUCCUUGGGGAGUGGGACUUUCAAGGGCUCACUCUGAAGAUGGCCCCCCCAGUAUUCAUCCCUCGCCCGGAAACCGAGGAGCUGGUUCAAUGGGUGCUGGAGGAAGUGACCCAGAGUUCCUGUGCAGUGGGAACCCAAGGUGGCCCCCUCAUCCUGGAGGUGGGCUGCGGAUCGGGAGCCAUCUCCCUUAGCCUGCUGAGCCAGCUUCCCCAGGCACCCUGCUCUCUACAUUCCCAUCGUUUAUUCUUGGGGCAGAGCCGAGUCAUUGCUGUGGAUAAAGGAGAAGCUGCCAUCUGCCUGACCCAGGAGAAUGCUCAGAGGCUUCGGUUGCUGGACAGAAUUCAGAUCAUUCCCCUGGAUGUGACUUUAGAGGGGAGUUGGGCACACCUACUGCCCUGGGGCCCCAUGGACCUGAUCAUCAGCAACCCUCCCUACAUCUUCCAGCAAGACAUGGAGCAGCUGGCCCCUGAAAUCCGCAGCUAUGAAGACCCAUUAGCCCUGGAUGGUGGAGAGGAGGGCAUGGACAUCAUUACCCACAUCUUGGCCCUGGCACCUUGGCUCCUGAAGGACUCUGGGAGCAUCUUCUUGGAAGUGGAACCAAGACAUCCAGAGCUUGUUGGCAGCUGGCUUCAGAGCCGACCUGACCUGUCCCUUGAUCUUGUGGCUGUGCGCAAGGACUUCUGUGGGAGGCCCAGGUUCCUGCAUAUCCGGAGGUCUGGGCCACAGCGUGGCUGGCCUGCGGAAGCCAUGCCGGGGCCCCAGCCUGCCAGAGUGGCUGGCUGAUCCUUCUUCCUGGAAUGCUUGGAGGGAGGUGAUGGCACCUUCCUGAACCCAGAUACUUAUGAUAUUUCCUAUGGCUCUGUGAUUACCCAUGCUCCACAUUUCUAGGAGACUUGGGGAUAGAAGCAAGGGUGGGAUGUCCUUCUUGUGGUGGCAAAGAACAAUGGCAUCCAUAGUUUCCUCAGAACUGAGCAGACCUAGGUUCCCAUUCUGGGCUCCAUCAUAUCAGUGUGGCCAAGGAUAGGUUGCUCAAUGUGUCUGUGGGUGGAAUUACCUUGGGGAUGUUGGGAGAUAGGGCCAAUAAAGUGUCGAGAGACCAACAAGUAGUCA